AUGGAGUAUAAAGUCCCAGAAUUAUACUCUAGUAGUACUGUUCUAUCCCUCAAUAGAAACUUAGCAAAUAACUUAGAGACAAUGAGCUUGAAUUCUUUUCUAGAUUCAUUUCCUGAUGAUGAUGAAGUGAUUUCAUCAGAAUAUAUCAAGCAAUUCAACUACAUUUGCACGAUUCAACCUGUUGAAACCGAUAUUGAGCCAGAAAAUUCGUACUUUCCGAGAGCAUUAAUCAGAUCAAUUUCAAUUCUAUUGACCAAUCCAAAUCUUGAUGAUUCUACUCUUAGGCCUUACAUACUAGCAAUAUCAAAGCUCUCUUCUUUAUCAGAAUCAUAUUCAUUUGCUUUAAUCGACUUAGGAAUUUUAAAUUUAUUUAUACAGAUCGUUUGUUCCAAUCUUACAAUGAGUAGGGCCCAUGCAUUCGUUACAAUCAACAAUAUGAUCGUUUCAGAAAACGUAAUAAAACAUAUUGAUGAAAACAGUGAUUUUCUUGCUCAUUUGAUUGCCCUAAUAUCAGAUUUUGGUGGGAAAGGUGAUUUUAAUUUACCGUUGCGAAUUUUAUCGAAAUUAUGUGAAUUUAGAACUUCAUUACCAAUAAUGGAGAGUGCUUGUUCAUUAUUCAGCGAGAAUAUCAAGCAUGGUAAUCAAGUAGCUCAAGCAGAUGCUGCUGUUGGCCUUGCACAUUUAAUUACAAAUUAUCCAGAAGCAAUUGAGCAAGCAAUUGAAUUAGACGUGAUAGAUCAUGCUUUUAACUUUCUUACUGCGUUUAAUAUUAAUACUGUUAAGUCAGGAUUAAGUAUUUUACUUGUAAUUUCUCAAACAGAUUUUUGGGGCCUUGUAGACAUUGAUAUUCUCUGUUCAAAGCUUGUAUGCAUAAUUAGACCAAACUCUGAUAUCAGUAUUGAAGCUCUGAACUUUAUUUUGGCUUUAAUUCGGAAUAAUAAUAUUCAUUUGAAUAUUUUUCUGAACGAAAACUUAGUUCAAGAGAUCUGUAGAUAUUCCAAUGGCCAGAAAUUUGUGAUUCGCAAUCUUUGCACGCAAAUUAUUUGUGAAGCUUUGUUAUUCCAAAAUGAAGAAAUCAGAUCAAUGUUUUUAGCGAAUAACUCAUUCAACUAUAUCAUUUCUAUGAUAGAUGAAACGAAUGAACAACUAUCUUCGAUGAUUUUGAGCGCAAUUGAAAAAUUAUUUUUAGAAAUACCUAAUUUUGAAGGAUAUAAAGACUGCUCGGAUUUUGUUGAUAUCAUUUCAGAUUAUUCUGAAUCGGAUUCGGACGGAUAUGAAAUUGCCGAGAGAAUUCUUGCUAUAAUUUCAGAUGAUUCUUCAAAUUGA